ACAAGAAGAAAUAAGAAAGAAGAAACGACAACACAACAAAGGCAACGAAAACAGGGAAUCAGGAAGAAAGGGAAACACGCAGCAGAGAUAACACGGGACAGUCAAGGAGAACAGAAAAUCAAGGAAGACAUCAUGAGCGAGAAAAGCUAA